GGGCACCGUCAUUUUUUGCCUCAAGACUUACUGUAAGUAACGCUGAUUGUUUACAAGUUACAACUUGUCUGCACUUGUAGUGUCCCGUUGCCGCUAGAUUAUUUAUCGAAAAAUUCCAGGAAAUCGACUUUAAUUAUUUUGUAACUCUGCAAUCUUAUUUGUCAAGAUGAGUCGUAAAGAAGCUUUGUCACAAUUCAUUCAACAAAUUCACGGACGCCCUGUGGUUGUCAAACUCAACAGUGGAGUUGACUACAGAGGAGUUUUGGCAUGUUUGGAUGGAUACAUGAAUAUUGCUUUGGAACAAACCGAAGAGUAUGUCAAUGGUCAAUUGAAAGAUAAAUAUGGCGAUGCCUUCAUCAGAGGAAACAACGUCUUGUAUAUAAGUACACAUAAGAGGAGGGCCAAUUAAAUGAUUUCAAUAUGUCCAUUGUAUUAUAUUAGUAAAAUACAUUUAUUUAUAUAAUUUUAUACCUCUAAAUAUCAACAAAACCACUAAAUGCAUUGAGCAUUAUUUUCAAUAAAAAUGUCGUCUACAACUAUAAAAA